ACCUCAGCUGAUCAGUCCUACUUCCCAAAGUCAGGAUGAAAGACGUGAUCAUGGAAACAACCCGAGCUUGUUUCCUCCCACUAAUCAAUGACUGUGGGUUUCUGUGAUGAGGUCUACCCAGACCUACUGAUCCUCCACAGCUGAGGCAGAAAGAAGCAGAGGUCUGGAGACGGUUCUAACAAACGAGAUCAAAGAUGGUAAAAGCAGCGGUUCAAAUCCACGCUGGGAUUCUGUUACUGUCUGCGUGGCUUCAAGUGGAGGUGGCUGCUGCAGGCUUGCUGAAGGUUGAAGCCACCCAGGAUGCAGGCAGCGACACCAUCAGUCACCCUCUGACUCUGGUGCAGCGUCUGGAGAGCCUGCUGAUCCAGGGGAAUGGAAGUGACGUGUCUCUGCGUGUGGAGACGCCCAGCGCUGACGAGGUGAAGGUGAUCCAAGCCCACUCCCUGGUUCUGUCCCUGCAGAGCCCGGUGUUCCAGGAGAUGCUGCUGAGCAGAAACGGCAGCACUCUGGAGCUGAGAGAGAGCUCAGACUGCGCCGCUGUGUUUGACAGGUUCAUCAGGUAUCUAUACUGUGGAGAAAUUUCUCUUCACCUGGACCAGGCCACACCUCUGCACAAACUGGCCACUAAGUACCAGGUCCAGAGUCUGCAGCAGGGCGUCAGCCAGUAUAUGACCCAGAAUCUGGCCCGAGACACCCCUUCGGGCCAUGUGGCGGGUUGGUACGAGUACGCUUUGCAGGCAGGUGACACCACCCUGAGGGACAGCUGCUUGCAGUUUCUGUCCUGGAACCUGUCAUCUGUGCUUCACAGUGGCGAGUGGGCAUCCAUCAGCAACCAGCUGCUCAUGACGCUGCUGCAGCGCUCCGACUUGGUCUUGCAGAGCGAGAUGGAACUCUUCACAGCGCUGGAGACCUGGAUCCUCCAGAAUGAGCCAGAUGGGCUGACGGCAGAGAAUGCUCUGAGAGCUGUGCGCUAUGCCAUGAUGCCCGCUAGGGAUCUGUUCCGUCUGCAGACCCAGUCCACCGUCCUGGCUCGCUAUCAGGAGUCGGUGCGUGACCUGUUGUACAUGUCCUACCAGUUCCACUCGGCCUCUCCGCUGCAGAUGGCCAAGUACUUUGACGUGAACUGCAGCCUCUUUGUUCCCAGGAACUACCUUUCCUUGAUGUGGGGUUCACCUUGGGUCAUCAACAACCCUACCCGAGAUGACCGCAGCACCAGCUUCCAAACCCAGCUGGGGCCCAGCAGCCACGAUGCUAGCAAACGGGUGACCUGGAAUGCCCUGUUCUCACCUCGCUGGUUACCCCUCAGCAUGAGGCCCAUGUACACUGAGACUGGCGCCAUGCAGCCCACCCGAGUGGAAGGAGGACGUCCUCGGAUCAUCAUCACUCCGGCCACGUCUAGCGCUGACUUUGCUGGAGUGAACUUCCAGAAGACGGUGCUUGUGAUGGCUCAGCAGCAGGGGAAGCUGGUUGUGAAAAAUGUCUACAGCUUUCACCAGAGCACAGAGGAAAAUGGCGACUUCCUGUCUGAGGCCAACCUGUACCGUCGGACCUCUGAGUACCUCACAGAUGGAUCCCUCUCCCUCCAUGUUAUUGUUAAACCUCUUUACCAAACGCUCAUUUCCACCAAAAACUGACCCAACUUGGCCCAUAAUGUGGGUCUGAAUCCAUGCUGGUGCCAUGUUUGAAAAAAAAAAAAAAAAAACCAGAACAUCAGCAACCAUUUGUUUUUCUUAAAUACUGGUGCUAUUAGAUCAUAGUUACUCACAAAAGAUCAGUGUCGCCCAGGUUGCUCUGAUUUAAUGAUCUGUUAAUCAAAAUAUAAUUUAUCAUGAAGACAGAAGAUCAAUACAUUUUAGCAGGUCAAAUAAAUCAAGUUAUGUUUGUUAUAGAAAUCCAGAAGUAUUAUUUUUUAUCAAUAAAUCAUUAAAACAGCAAACUGGGCUACAAAGAUUCAUCCCACCAAAUUAUUUUUUUUAUAUUUUUCUUUUAAUUUUGUUGAUGUUUUCCCCCAAAUCCUCCUUUAUCCCUUACAAAGGUAGACUGGUUUAUUAAUGAGCCAACAAUGUGAUUUAUCUUUAGAUUCUUUUCAUCACUGAUAAUAAACAAUUUCAUUAUUUUGUGUCA